AUGUUCGGAGAUUUCGAAGCUCAACGACACUGGAUGGAAAUCACCUAUAAUCUUCCACCACGAGAAUGGUAUGUUAACAGUAUAAAUAACGACUUAUCAUAUUGGGGACUGGAUUAUCCACCCUUAACUGCCUAUCACAGUUACCUGAUGGGUCUUGUGGCAAACCAUAUAAACUCCUCGUGGGUAUCUCUGAGAUCAUCAAGAGGCUUGGAAACCGUGCGCCAUAAGUUGUUUAUGCGACUAACAGCGGUAGUUCCAUUCUACAUUGUCUAUGCUCCAGCUAUAAUCUACUUCAAUUCGAUGUUCGCACUGAUUUUGACAUAUCCUGGUUUGCUGGCCAUAGAUAACGCACACUUCCAGUACAACAGCAUUUCAUUGGGAUUGUUCGUAUUUUCGUUGCUGUUUCUUGAGAAUCAACGGUUUUUACUCGGCUCGAUUUUCUUCGUAAUGGCCUUGAACUAUAAGCAGAUGGAGCUGUACCAUGCACUGCCAGUGUUUGUAUUUAUAUUUGCAAGAUCUCUCAAAAGGCCAUUGGGACGGAACAUCGUGUCACUCGUUGUUUCUCUUGCCUUCGUCCUACUGUGGUUACCUUUCGUUGUAAAUGGCCCGCAGGCUGUUUUGGCUGUUCUUGGACGGCUUUUUCCUUUCUACCGAGGACUGUAUGAGGACAAAGUGGCUAGCAUUUGGUGUGCAUUCUCUUUCGAUUCACAAAAUUGCAGUGCUCUUUGCGUUGUUCUUGUCACUACGCCUUCGCUAUUUCUACUAUUCCUGAGACCUACCAUGAAGAACUUCAAGUUGAGCCUCAUGAUAUCAUCACUUGCAUUUUUCUUAUUUUCUUUCCAAGUGCACGAAAAAUCAAUCCUUCUGGCAGCAGUGUACGUUUUUCAACUUAUCAUACAACCUAAUAUGUUUCCACUCUGUCUGAAAGACGGUACUGGGUUAUUAUUGGCGCUGUUCAUCGCGUAUUACAUUUCAUGUUCGUUGACCAUAAAACCUUCUGGGAAAUUGCUGCUUCCUAUCUAUCACUUAUCGUGUCUCACUGCUGUGGCGCUUUGCGUGAUAGAAUGGACGCUCACACCACCCGCACGAUAUCCCCAUAUUUUUCCCCUUUUCAACGCCAUGUACAGCUGCGUUCAUUUUAUCAUUUUUCUAUCAAUUCAAUGGAAUCUUUCUUUUAUAAGCAAUGAGAAGCCUUUCAACAUCCUGUCAUUUAAAGAGCACACUUAG